AGCAGUUAAAGGGAAAAAGUGGCACAGACAAAGAAAAGGACCGAGCGGCGUUGCGGGGGAAGAGCCGCGGAGACCGCCUGGCUUCUUUUUUGUUUUGUUUUUGUUUUUGGCUUUUUGUUUCGGUUGUUUUCCCGCAUAAACCUCCAUGACAGCUCGACGACGGUGAGAUUCCCCCGCCGGGAAGAGAGAGAGAGAGAGGGGGGAGGAGGGGAGGCACCCCUGUCCAUCCCUGCAUCCACAGCACAUCUGUUCCUGCAAACUGAAGGAAACUACCAGCUGGUGACUGAUGGAGAGACCCCAGCUCACACAAAGGAUGGAGGAUGUGGAACAUAUCGAGACGGAAAAUAGUUUCGUCCUUUAGUCUUUUUUUCCCCCUCUCUCUCGCUGGUUACUCUCAUAGUUGAGAUUUAGUUGGCCACGCCUGGAUUACCCAUCUUGAUGCACACGUGUCGCUUCUUUUGGCACAGGCCCCCCGUAAGUGCUCAACACACACUUGAAUCAGGUUUUUUCGUUUCUCCAUCUUUCACCGGGCAGGUGUUACUGCCUGAACACGGACUGAAGAGCUCUCAUUUACCAGGUAACCCCCCCCCCCCACUCCCCUCCCCUCUGAGAAUAAGCCUCUCUCCUCCAAGCGGCUGAGAGGUUGCCAUGGCGCUGGUUGCCAUGACGUCGCUGUAGCAUCGUAAAGGUGGUGGCCGUGGUGGUGGCACCGGGGGUGAGGGUUGGUGGAACAACCAGGGAUGGGAAGCGCUCCAUAUUCAGCGGGAGACUGGAGGGGCAAAGGAAGAGGCGGGCUGCAGGACCUGGGUUGUAUGCCCUGGAAGGUCAGCAAGCAGAAAGGAGGAGAAGGAGUGCUGGGAGGGCCUAGAGGAGGAGGAGGAGGAUUGGGAGAAGGAGGGAGGAAGUGCAGGGACUGUCAACAGCAACAGCAGGAUCUCUCAUCUUCCUCUUCCUCCUCCCUUACUACCCCGGUGCCUCCCCAGCCCUCUGUGAUUCCUCCCACGAUCUACCACGAGAAGCAGCGGAGAGAGCUUUGCGCUCUGCACGCACUCAAUAACGUCUUCCAAGACGGCACGGCCUUCAGCCGGGACACACUGCAGGAGAUCUACCAAAGGCUCUCUCCCAGCACUCUGGUGACUCCUCACAAGAAGAGCAUGCUGGGAAAUGGGAACUACGACGUGAAUGUCAUCAUGGCGGCGCUGCAGACCCGCGGAUUUGAGGCUGUGUGGUGGGAUAAAAGAAGGGACGUGGGCAGCAUCGAGCUGUUAAACGUGACGGGUUUCAUUCUCAAUGUGCCGUCCAACCUGCGAUGGGGGCCCCUCCGGCUGCCGCUCAAACGCCAGCACUGGAUAGGUGUGAGAGAGGUGGGCGGAGUCUAUUACAACUUGGACUCCAAGCUGCGGAGUCCACACCCGAUCGGCAGCGCUGAAGAGCUCAGGAAGUUCCUGCGUCUCCAGCUGCGAGGGAAGAACUGUGAGCUCCUGCUGGUCGUCUCCGAGGAAGUGGAAGCGCACCAGACGUGGAGGUCAGACGGCUGCUGAGAGUAAACCCGCCAAUCUUGUCACGAGCUGGCAGGCGGGGCAGCUGGCCCCGGCCAAUCACCGACAAGGACAGAGAGACGGUGAAUUGUGCACAGCCAAUCACAUGGAGGCGCACUGGCCCGAUUUUUUUUUUUUUUUUUUUUUUGGUUUGUUUACAUGACCAUCGCUGGACUCGCUUGACUUGAGACCCCAAGUGAUGAAGACAACAAACACACAAAACAGGGAGAUCACAAAGAAUCACAACGCAGACACUAGUCAGACUUCUGACAAUGUUAUCAGUUACGUAUCCGGUGUGUGUGUGUGUGCGCGCGCGUGUGUGUAUA